GCUAACUGACCCUGUAACACGUCAAAAGUCCCGGCAGGUGUCUUCAUCAGAUGACCCCCACAGUUCACCCGGAGGGGCUUCCUGUAUUUAAAACCAGGGUAAGAUGUUCAACUCUGUAUAACCCAUGGCUGGAUAAUCCAGGCUCCAUCCAGAUCGCAGCCUGAGUCCCUCCUCAACUCUUUCUCCACUGGCACUGUCACAUCCUCAUUCAGCCAUCUCUACGUUGGAUAUCUCCAACACUCAGCAACCCACACCAAGACAAUAAAGCUAAACAAAAUACCGCUCAAAAGGUGGGAGCAAUGCUACUAAAGCUACCAGCAGUGCAACUGGGAAGAAAAGUGUUAAAUCAAGUGGUACUAUUGUCAAGUCUCGAUAUAUGCAGGCUGCUGAGAAGUCGUCUCUCUCAAAGAGUAACUCACUGACCAGCGAUUCUAUUGCUGCGCCGCUGAGGCCUUCCUCACCUAAACCCGGUGGCGUCAAUCCGAGGAUCGGCACUCCACCAAGACGCUCAAUGGCCCCACAAGCUCUAGCAACAUCAAUGAUGUCACAUGAAAAUGAACCUUCUUUGCUUGGGAAAAGCAUUCUGCAGUCCACUUUCUCAGAUGGACAUUUUUUUCGACCAAAUUUUGAUAUUUCAGUCAUUAAAGAAAAAACAGUGAUUGAAAAUACAGCAGAGCCUGAGAGAAAUCCUGAGAAUGAGAAGAGGAUCGUUGAGAUGCAGACAUUCCUACUGGCCUACCUCACAGCUAAGAUGGAGAGCAAUACUUUGAAACUCAAGGCUGAGGCAGAGGCAAGGAUCAUGCAGGAGAUGGAGGAAGAAGAGGCGUUGUAUAAUGAUGUCCAGCAGAAGAAACGCCAGUACCUCUUCAUGGAGAAGGACCGGCACGUAAAUGAGCUGCUGGAUUUACAGACUGCUGCCCUGACUCCUGUAGCAGAAACUGCCAAGCAGUUCACAGAGAACUACAAGUCUUUCGCCACAGCUGUGGACACCACCCGACAUGAGCUGCCUGUCAAGAAUUUCUACAUCGAUGGGGAUAGAAGGGAAUUUCUAGAUAAAGCUGAGGCUUGCCUGAAGGACAGUGAGAAACUGCUGAUGGAGUGCACAGAGGGAGAUCAUAAGGACAACAGCACUUCUCUGGAGUGCCUCAGGGAGAUAAAAACGACAUCAAAGGACAUCAGUCGGCAGCUGUCAGGUACGUUUUCUGAGCUGAUGGAGCUGUCAUCAUUGGUGUCCCGCCAUACGAUCCAUGUCCAGCAGGCCACAGAGGAAGAACAGCUUGGCAUGAAAAGAACCCACGAACUCUUCUGCCCCAAGCAGUGAAGGAAACCGCAGCAUGGGAUCAACAGUACAUGCACUUUGGAGACACCACACCCCCAUUGUUUUCCUGAUUAACAUUUUUGUACCAUUUAAGUCUUGUUUUUAUGUUUAUUGUCUGAUUUCUUUGCAGCUGUAUUGUGAUAUUUUAAAUGUUGACUGAGUGGCUGAUACUGUUUUAUAAAUGGGACAUUGUCAAUAAAAAAAUGUUUAAAAACACAAUAAAAAUAGAAAUUGAA